AUGUAAACUUCAACACGUGUUGUCGUUCAUAAUAAAUACUGAACAGAAGCAAUGCCAUUUAAAUUCAAUUUUUCGACCCCUUCAGAUGACACGAUCGAUGACGAGGCUCAUGGAGAACAUGCUGAUAACUUUGUCUCUGAUGACGACGAUACUAAAGCUCUCCCUUCACAAGAAAUCUCACGGAACCCAGAACAGAAUGUCAGUGAUAUGAGUACAAUUGAACACAACAUAUGUGGUGCUGUAUUUCGAGUGAUCCGUCAACAAGAUGUCAAUGACAGCAGCUCGGCGCUCCAAGUUACAGCCGAUUCUGAUCUUGUUCCUGGUGUUUAUGAAGGUGGCCUGAAGAUAUGGGAGUGUGGUGUAGAUUUAGCCGAGUUUCUCAUCAAUCACAAUAUUGACUGUAAAGGGUUACGUGUUUUAGAGCUGGGCUGUGGAGCGGGACUACCAGGACUCACGGCCAUGCACAAGGAAGCGGCCGAGGUCCACUUUCAGGAUUACAACCCUGAAGUGGUUGAAAAUAUCACAAUUCCAAAUGUUGCACUUAAUCAGUGUUCACACUGCAAGUGUCGAUUCUUUUCUGGAGACUGGAGUUCUCUCCCCUCAACCAUCUGUACCGAGGAUGAAGCAAAACGGUAUGACAUGAUUCUCACAGCGGAGACAAUCUACAACACCAGGAACUACAGCAAGCUUCACCAGGCGUUCCAGCACCUCCUCAAGCAGAGUGGAACUAUCUACCUAGCAGCCAAGUCGACCUACUUUGGUGUUGGAGGUGGAACCCGACUGUUUGAGACAUUUCUCAAGAGGGGGAAUGUCUUCACGAGCCAGGUGUGUCUGGAGAUACAAGCAGGUGUGCCAAGGGAGAUCUUAAAGGUGACAAGACAGACAUCGUGACAUCAUCCUGCCAUUGUUGUACAUAUUGUAUCAUCGAGUACAUAGAGCAAGCAUUGUACAUAACACAAAUACUCUUGCAGAUAAAUCUGUCUUGAAUCAUACUGAAUGUAUUCUUAAUCUGUAGCGCACAAGUCUCAUGAAAUCAGAUCUGAUUGCUUGCUGCCUCUUCACACAGAUCUGAGGACAUCCCAUUACAGGUCAUGUCGGAACAACCUUUCGCAAACUUUGACCGACCAAUGAAAUGACUAACAGGCAGUUGCCAUUUGCCAAUCAGAAAGUAGUUUUCUCAGGGACUUAUCUAGACCUGCCCAGAGGCCGAUAUUCGGCCCCAAGAUUGCAGCAAAUGUCAGUAAAAAAAUUCAACUUGAAUUAAAAAUUCCCCAGUUCCUCAGAAUUUACAAAAAUAAGAUCAUUAAUAACAUCCAAUUUAGAGGGGGCACGGGUGGCCCAGUCAUCUAAGGCGUUGUGAUUCAUUGUGCAGAGUUGCAUCCCUUGGGCACGCCGGGAACCUAUGAUUGUGGGUUCGAAUCCCGGUUUG